AUUUCUGUGUGUAGAACAAUGUUUACCUAAAACACAUUGCAUCUUCACAAUACUUUUAGAAAUAUGUAUUAUACAAAAAGAGGAUGUAUAUAUCGUAGCGUUUGUACAAUCAACUUAACAUUCCUUGUUCAGAAAGAGAGAUAUUGAGAACAUUUCAUUUUUUACAGAUGGAAGUGGAGUGUCGGUUCCUAUGCCCCCUACAUUUGAAAAAAUAAAAGAGGAGAUACUGAAGAAGAUUGAAUCUGGAGAUAUUCUAUUAGGAUCUUUGGUUGAGCCAAAAAAAUAUAAAAAAGCUGUGAUAAAGAAUGGAGUGAUUUUCAAUGAAGAAUUCACAGUAUCUGGUCGUUGUAUACCACUGAGUGACAUUCGCAGAAAGAUUUUUGAAGAACAUCAAAGUUUGGGGAUUAUGAGAAAUCCAAAAGGUGCUUUGACAAGAUACUUCAUACUAUGGUCUGAUCAUGCAUCACUUUUGAGUGCUGGCCAUUUACUAUUGACUGUCAAAGUUGUUUACGAUGACAAGUUAUUUUAUACAGAUGAGGAAAUGUAUGCAAAAACAGGAAUUUGUCAUGAUGUUCAAGAACUUGUGGAGCGUCCAUCCGUUUAUAUUAUUGGUUUUGCCCAGGAUAGCAUUGCAGAGAAGCUUUCAUAUGUCGAAACCAGACUUAAUGACAUUAGAAAAUUGUCUGACCCAUUAAUUGUCAAUGAUAAGAAAGUGGUUGAUGUGAUAAGGUUUUUUCAUGGUGACCAUCCUGAAAUACAAUACGAGAGUGGUAACUCUCAUGGUGGAAACUUUCCCUGUCUUUGUGGAUGCAAAAAAUCAAGAUUUACAGAUAUAGCCCAUGUCUACAGUAACAAAAUAGUGUCCUUGGAACAAAGAAGGAAGAAGGUAAUAUCAGGCCCAGCAGGACAACAACAAAAAGCUGUGUCUCCAUUUCAACAACUCAAUGUGGAGAAACUGGGUCUUGAAGUAAAUUACAGAAACCUUGACCGUGACUUACCAGUUCAUCAAAAGUUGCACAAAAAGGACCUUGAACAGCUACUAAAAAAUCAUUUGACAGGAAUUAUCCGUGUUCCAGCUCUUUGCUUUGGAAAUGAACAUAGUACAAUGGAGUCCUUGAAUCUUGCUAAUUAUGAAGUGAUGCCGAUUGAACCACUGCAUGAUUGUAAAGGACAUAUCAAGAAUUUGUGGGAUGUUUUGCAUGAAGUGUUGACACCUCAAGAGAAUAAAAUUUUUCAACAGUCCCUAGAUGCCACAUAUGGUUCGAAGGACAAGGUGAGAGGAUCUGACUAUCGGCUGUCAUCAAUAGUUGUUUACCAAUCAAUGCAAAGCACUUGCAGAAAGGAAAUCAAAGAGUUGUUGUACACAUUGAUGGAGCUAGUUCGGUUAUCAUAUCUUAAAUCCCAAAAAAGGUCCCCACGAAUUAUUCUACGAUUACAUAAUAUUAGUUUCCAGCAUGCCAUGUUGUGCCAAGAUCUGUUUGGGCAUAAUUUAAAGUCAAUGUCUACACAAAAGCUUUAUGGCAUUUAUUAUCAUGGCUUGACAACACAUUUAGCAGAAGUAUCGAGAAUUAUCUCACCAAGCUCCUUACACACAGAGAAUGAAGAACAGCUAUUCAGCAAAAUUAAUCAAAUAAGUUUGAGAACAUCAGCCAGAUCCUUAGAAUCCAUACGUGAUAAUAGCAUCAUCCGUAUUCAAGCUGAACAGAAAUUUAUUGCCAAAGAAUGUUCUAGAAAAUCAACUAACACAUCUAAAAUAUCGAAAUUUUCAGAGAGUGUACUUGAUGAGAAAAGAAGUUGUUUUAACAUUAACUUACCUCUACGGAAAUAUCAGGCACACUUGGAAAGAAUUGCAGAUUUUUUGCUCUAUGGUAAUGGUGUUUGGUGGCAUAGAGAAAAUGAUAUUAUCAUAUUUCAUGAUGGAAAAGAGGAUGAUGAUUUCAGAGUUGAAGGGCCUUUGAUGACAAAUUUCAAACAAGACAACCUGCAAUCAGUAGCAAAAGAUGUAGAAGCUUGUUGGAAGAAAUGCGUUGAUCGUGGUAUUGAAUUGCCAAUCACAAAGAUAAAUACUUUCGACGAAAAUGGAGAUUUAAUAGAAUGCAAGGCACUUGAAGAAACUGGCGUUACAAAUCCAAAAGCAAACAUAACAAGUAAUAUCAAACUGAUGGCUGAUGAUGAUAAUGCAGAAUAUGAUAAUGCGUAUAUAUCACAUGAUAAUAAUGAAGAGAUAGAAAUGGAGAUAGAUAUCACAUUAGAACAGCAACCUUCCUUAUUGGAUUUAGAAGUUGACCAAGCUGUUCAUUUUAAGAAAGAAACAUCAAACACAAUUACAUUGGAACAACAACCUUGCAUAGCUGACUCAGUUACUAAUCCUAAAAAAACUGCAGAAAAUAGUAAGUUGGAAAAGAUCUGUAGAGACAGACAGACGAAAGCUGACCAAAACCCAAUUCUUGAAUCAGGUGUAUGCAAGAACAUAAUGUAUGUUCUUGGCUAUUCAGAUAAAUUGAAGGACUUCGACCGUCAUCAUAUGUCAUAUAAGCUGACUAAAAGUGAACAUUCAAGAAAAAAAUGUAGAGCAUUUAUCAUUCAUUUUCGUGAAAAAGUGAUGGCUGUUCAGCAUGAAGCAGAAAAAGCUACGAAAGAUUGGGAAAAAGACUUCAUAGCAAAAAAUUUUAAGAUGCCGAAUACAGAAGAGCUUAAAUCAAAUAAAAUUUACAUGGAGAAAUAUAAAUUAAAUUACCACGCCAAAAAAAUUCUUGAACAAUGGACAAAUAUUUAGUUUUUCAGCAAAA